ACUGCUGGCUUUGACACACUAACAGUGUGCCAGAUGAGUCCUGCAGGGUCAGUACUCUCCACUAUCUGAUGCCUGGCAGGUAAGACAGGACGGGACUUGCUCUCUAGGCGGGGCUUCAACUUUGGGGACUUUGCGCGAAAAACGACAUCCAACAGUUUUUUCAUUCUCCCCCUCUCUCUCUGCUGACGCUACAGCCACCCGGCUCUCUGGAUCUGAACUUGUAGGAAUAAAAGCUGCGGUGCAAAGAACCGAUCUGCAUCCAGACGGCGGCAUUAUGUUCCUGUUUAAGUUUAUAUGCGCGCUUAUUACUAGAAGUUUAUUUAUCCUGGUGUCUCUGACCGGCGUGUGGAGGGUGACAUGGGUGAAGAAGGAUCCCAACUACUGGUUCCUCACUUUCCUCUUUCUGCCGCUGGUCAUUGAAAUGAUAAUAACACUGAAGAGGAGAAAGGGACAGGACUACAAAUGGUUUUCUCCUCCUAUCUUUCUGUUCCUCAUCAGUAUCAUUCCCUCCAUCUGGCUCCUGGAGCUCCACCACCAGCAGGACAAAGCCAGCGACCCUCAGUGCAAAAGGCUCGACUCUUGGGAGAAUGUGCGAGAGUUGAUCACUCUAAAUGAAACCGUGGGAAACCUCACAACCCAGAACUACCUGAAGAGUAUUAACCAGUUGUUAUCGACCGUCUGUUCCAACGACUGGAUCCUGGCUCUUCAUCAGAUCCUGCUCAUCCUCCUCAUCGUGGGGAAGUGGCUCCUCCCACUGGGAGGCGGAGUCACACGUGACGAGCUCUCGCAGCUUCUCCUAAUUUUUGUUGGCACUGCGGCAGACAUCCUGGAAUUUACCAGUGAGACGCUGUCAGAUGUCAAGGAGAACAGCCCUGAGCUGGUCUACAUCAUCUUAGCCGUAUGGACUUGGAGCAUGUUGCAGUUCCCCCUACAUCUGGCCGUGGUGAACUCCAAGCCAAACAGUGAGGGAGAGGAGGGGUCCCAGGAGGUUUCCCUCUUAGCCAAGCGCAGCACGGACAUGUGGAGCAUCGUGGAGGCCUUGUUCAUCCAGGACGGGCCUUUCCUGGUGGUCCGGCUCACCGUCAUGACUUACUUCAACGUCUUCCACCAGAUGCUGGGGUUCUUUGCAAUCAAAAACUUCCUGGUGGUCAUACUGAACUUGUACAGGUUGGUGAUUAUAUGCCAGCACUUCAGCAGCAGCAGAACCAGCAGGGACAGCACCAUCCCGUGUGCUUGAUGACUCAUCUCACAGAGGGAAGAUAGGAAUCAGGGAGAUGGAUGUUACGCCCUAAAAACUGAAACAGGAGCAGGAAAACAAGGAGAUGCUUGCUUCUGUUUUCUUCUCACGGUGUACUCAACGCCGUGGGAUCAAGCGAUUGUGAAUAAUUAAUGCUGUUGGGAGCAGAAAACUGUGAACAACCAUUGUCUUACACUUGCAAGGGGAUGCUAAGUUCACAUUCCACACUUGACUCAUGUUGAAGCUCAUACUUCACCUCACUGACAUCCCACUCCCUGUGGAGCUAACCUCGCUGUUAGCUCAGUUAAAACACCUCCAUUUAUUCAGUAUUUAAAUGUGACUAUGUGUGCACACACACGGGCUGAGACCUGGUUUUAGUCGUGUAUAAAGUGGCCUUAUUGUUCAGGUUGUAACUGGUCUGACCUUAAAAAAAGGGACACAGAGGGAAAGCAGGAAGCAGAGCAGAACAGGAAAAAGGUGUGGGGGGUCCAAGUGAAAAAUGCCACGUGUAAACAGAUAAUGCACGUUAUGUCAGCACAAUAAGGCAACGAAAGUAGUUCCAAAGCACCUACAGUAACUGAUGCCAGGCUACUGUUUGGAUAAGGGUCGGACAGAUUUCUAACAGUGAUGGCGUUUUGUUGAGCGGACGUGAAGAACAGGAAGACAGAGACAGAGAUAUAUUAGACGACAUAAAGGGCUGUGAAAUGUUGACUCGAACUCAGAACGACGGAGAGCAAUUUCCCCGUCUUAACCCCGACAGGAAGUUAAGACUGAGUGUGAAAACAUCUUAUAGUACUUUGAUAAAACCACUGUGUCAACACUGGAGAAGGAAGUGUCCAUGAAUUCUGAUUGUUUUUGACAUUUGAAUGGGAGAUUAUUUUUCCAAGCUUUGAUUGAUGUCUUUUUGUAUCUCUUGUGUAAUUGUCCUUUAAAGGGUCAGUUCACCCCAAAAUUUUAAGUGCAUAUUUUUCCUCUUACCUAUUUAUCAGUCUAGAUUGUUUUGGUGUGAGUUGCCGAGUGUUGGAGAUAUCAGCUGUAGAGAUGUCUGCCUUCUCUCCAGUAUAAGAGAACUAGAUGUCACUCAGCUUGUGGUGCUCAAACCGUCAAAAAUUACAUUUGAAAAACAACAGCAACGUCUCUUUCCAGAAAUCAUGACCUGGUUACUCAAGAUAUCAAGAUAUAUAUCAGCAACUCACACAAAAACAGUCUGGAUUGAUGAAUAGCACGACAGGUGAGAGGUGAUAUUUUAUCUGGGGGUGAACUGUCCCUUUAACAAAAGACAAAAUAUGCCAUUCACAGGUUAAAAAAAAAUCAAAAUGAUUCCCUCCUUACUGUUACUGUCGGCCGGCUUUGACUGCCUGGAAACUGCAAUAUCUUUAAAAGUUACCGAAGACACAUAAAAUUGCACUCAGGUUAUCAACUCAGUUUGAGUUGUGUGUGUGUUUCAUACCUUUUAAAACCAAUGAUUAUUGUAGGCUUUAUAAUGCCAAAGAAUCAGUAUUUUAACUCCCGGAUUUAUGUGAAGAUGUUUAGAAGACAACCUCAGCACAAACUGUGCAUUUUGUCAUUGUUUUUGUUGUUAUCUUUUGUAUUGUUUGUCCCUGGAGUAGCAUUUUGUCUCCAGGGCCGUCCAAGUGCUAUAUUUACCAUUGAAUAAUCACUUUUAUAUGUUAAUAAGGCUCAGUCUGACUGAGCCCAAAUAAAACAAUCCAAACCUGUCAGUGUCCUCACAUUUGUUUCUCAGUAUUCAAAUGUAUUAUUUGAUUUAUUUUUUCAAACUGUAUUGUUGCUUAUGUGACGCAGACAAAAAUAUGAAUACAUACUUGUCCGUUAAUCCAGUGAUAUUCAGUUCAGUCAACUCGGACAUGUACAGGGAGCUAGUAGAGCCGCUGCGUCUUCGUGUCAAAAGGGGUCAGUUGAGGAGGUUCAGGCAUCUGAUCGGGAUCCUCCUGGGUGCCUCCUGUGUUCAGGCCACAUCCCAUGGGCAGACCCAGGACACGCUGGAGGGAUCACGUAUCUCAUCUGGCCUAGGAACACUGUGGGGUCCCCCAGGAGGAGCUGGAAAGUGUCGCUGGGAAGAGGGACGUCUGCUUUGCUUGGCCUGCUGCCCCCGUGACCCGGCCCCGGAUAAGUGGAUGAAAAUGGAUGGAUGGAUGGAUGGAUGGAUGGAUGGAUGGGCUAUGCAUAAAAAAGCACCAAAAUAAAAAAGUAACUGAGACAGACCUUGUUUGUUAAUUUUAUCUGAUGAAUAGUAUUGAUGUUUGUUUAUUAAAUAUAAUUUUGUAAAGGUGGAAAAGCUCUCAUCUCCUCUUUCAGUAAAUCAUGUGAGCAGGUUUGCAGCUCUCACCUGACA